AUCGCUGCGGGACUCGGAGGCUGCAGGGCGGGGAGAGUUUGGCCCAGGCUGCCGGAGAGGACACCCAUCACCAAGAGAGAGACACCCGGGCCUCUGGACCUGUUCACUGGGAUCUUAUUUCACCAAAGAAGAGGAAGAUCCAUUCUUCAGACUCUGAGGGAAUCCACGAGGAACCGAGAGCCUCCCCAGCAGCGCGAUGGAGGAUGGGAAGCCGGUGUGGGCGCCCCACCCAGCGGACGGGUUCCAGCUGGGGACGAUCGUGGACAUCGGGCCCGACAGCCUCACCAUCGAACCUCUCAAAGGGAAGGGAAAGACGUUCCUGGCUGCUAUAAACCAAGUGUUUCCUGCAGAGGACGACGUCAACAAACACGUGGAGGAUAACUGUUCCUUGAUGUACUUGAAUGAAGCGACUCUGCUCAACAACGUCCGCGUGAGAUACAGCAAAGACAAGAUUUACACGUUUGUAGCCAACAUCCUGAUCGCGGUGAAUCCGUACUAUGACAUCCCAAAGCUUUACUCUCCGGACACCAUCUCCAAGUACCGGGGCCGGUCUCUGGGAACGCUGCCCCCACAUGUCUACGCCAUCGCUGAUAAGGCGUACAGGGACAUGAGGGUCCUGAAGAUGAGCCAGUCCAUCAUCGUCUCAGGGGAGUCCGGAGCCGGGAAGACCGAGAACACCAAGUUUGUGCUCAGGUACCUGACCACCUCGUACGGCACAGGUCAGGACAUCGAUGAGAGAAUAGUGGAAGCGAACCCUCUGCUGGAGGCUUUCGGAAACGCCAAGACCGUCCGCAACAACAACAGCAGCCGCUUCGGAAAGUUUGUGGAGAUCCACUUCAACGAGAAGAACGCGGUGGUGGGCGGCUUCGUGUCUCACUACCUGCUGGAGAAGUCGAGGAUCUGCAGGCAGAGCUCCGAGGAGAGGAACUACCACAUCUUCUACCGCCUGUGUGCCGGGGCGACCGAGGACAUCCGGCAGAAGUUCCACCUGAGCUCUCCGGACACCUUCAGGGUACGGACGCUUUAACGCUCUCUGACAUCA